UUCAUUUCCUCUCAGUGACACACAGCCCUGGCAGCGCUUGCCCUAACCCUCACCCGUCCUGCAGGGAUGGUGCUGGGACGCUCAAGGGGCGCAUCCCUGCCGCCCCCCGCCAUGCCCGCAGCUGCCCUCUGCCUGCUCUGUGGUGUGGUGAUGCCGGUCGCCAUGCUCUGCGCCGAGCCCCAGCCCCGCGUCGCCUUCUCCAGCGGGGACCCCCAACGGACCCUGACCCAUUUCAGCCAGGACAACGUCUCCCACUACGACAUCUUCCUCCUGCACGAGAGCGAGGAGGAGCUGUACGUGGGGGCGCGUGACCGGGUGCUGGCCCUCACCGUCGGCACCCCGGGCAGCAUCCGUGCCAAAGCCUCGAUAAUGUGGGGACCCACGGCCGAGAAAACCUCCGAGUGCGCUUUUAAGAAGAAGAGCCAGGAUACUGAGUGCUUCAACUUCAUCCGGGUCCUCGUGGCCCUGAACCAGACCCACCUCUACGUCUGCGGGACCUACGCCUUCAGCCCCGCGUGUACCUACAUCCACCUGGAGAACUUCACGCUGGUGUCCAACAGCAGAGGACAACCUUUCCUGGAUGGGAAGGGCCAGUGCCCCUUCGACCCCCAGCACACCUACACAGCCCUGCUGGUGGACGGCGAGCUCUACGCCGGCACCAUGAACAACUUCCAGGGCAACGAGCCCAUCAUCUCCCGCUCGCUGGGCAGCCGCACCCUGCUCAAGACAGAUGCCUUCCUCCGCUGGCUUUCGGCCGACGCCGCCUUCGUGGCCUCCUUCAGCAUCCCUGGAGAUGACAAGGUCUACUUCUUCUUUGAGGAGACGGCCGAUGAGUUUGAUUUCUUCGAGCGGCUCCUGGUGCCGCGGGUGGCCCGUGUCUGCAAGAGCGAUGUCGGGGGGGACAAAGUGCUGCAGAAGAAGUGGACGACGUUCCUGAAGGCCCAGCUGGUGUGCUCGCAGCCCGGCCUCUUCCCCUUCAACGUCAUCCAUCACGCCUUCGCUCUGCCCCGCCGCGAAGGCGGUGCCGACUUCUAUGCUGUCUUCACCUCGCAGUGGCAGGCGGGCAGGGCGGGCAGCGCAGCCGUCUGCGCCUACAGCCAGGAGGCUCUGGAAGAGGUCUUCGAGGGCAAGUACAAGGAGCUGAACAAGGAGAGCUCCCGCUGGACGGUUUACAGCGGCCCCGAGAUGAAUCCUCGGCCGGGCAGCUGCUAUAUGGGUCCCUCCUCUGACAAAGCCCUCACCUUCAUGAAGGACCAUUUCCUAAUGGAUGGGAAGGUGUCACCCACCCAGGGGAAGCCGCUGCUGGUGAAGACGGAUGUCACGUACACACGCAUCGCGGUGGAUGAGACUCAUGGUGUCUCAGGGGCCACCUACCGUGUCAUGUUCCUGGCCACAGCGGAGGGUUUCCUGCACAAAGCCGUGGAGCUGCCUGGGGGUCCCCACAUCGUGGAGAGCAUCCAGCUCUUCAGGACACCAGAGCCGGUGAAGAACCUACUGCUGGCCCCAGGGAAGGGCAUCCUCUACGUGGGCUACUCUGGUGGCGUCCUCCAAAUCCCGUUGGCCAACUGCAGCCUGCACCGGAGCUGUGCCGAGUGCAUGCUAGCGCGGGACCCGUACUGCGCCUGGAACAGCCUCGAGGGCUCCUGCCAGCCCACCCGCGCCGCCACCGCCAAGGACAGGAGCGCGUGGCUGCAGGACGUCGAGGCGGGGAGCCCAGCCACCAUGUGCCACCGCGGGAGGAGCGUGGCCAUGCCCCGAGCCUGGGGGGGACAGGAGGAUCCUGCCGCACAUAAGUUGAGCCCCCCGCUUAACGCCAUGGUCCACCUGCUGUGUCCGCGCCGCUCCGCUCUGGCCAACUACAGCUGGCAGCAGCCCGGGGGUCCGGGGGCCCAGGGAAACACGGAGCUGCUGCCUGACCACACGCUGGUGGUCAUAAUGCAACGGGGGACCGCUGGCACCUACAAGUGCCAGGCCACUGAGAACGGCUACACCUGGACCGUGGCUCAUUACCAGCUACAGGACCCCAGUGGGGCAGCCCCCCAGUCAGACGAGCUGGCUGAGGAGGGGUUGGCCAGGGGGACCUCAGCCCCCGGCACCCCCCGGUCUUACUGGCCCCAGUUUGUCACUGUCACUGUGCUGCUGGCCGUGACGCUGGCUGCUGCCGCCUGCCUGGCCCUCCUCGCCUACCACGACCAGCUCAAAGCCAGGAGCAAGGUGCGGGGGUGCAGCACACCCCACAGCCCCUCAUCCCAGCACCGGGAGAAGGUACCCCUCAACGGGGAGACUGGAGACCCCCCAGCACCUGUGGUCCCCACCGAGCAGGAGGAAGGUUCCUGCGCUUGCUGCCUCCAGCUCGAUGGGGACAUCGAUCCUGAUAACAACACGCUCCAUGUCCCGGCAGGGGACACGGCGUGAUGCCACCGCCGGGUUGGGGAGACUGUGGGGAGGCAAUGGGGGGGUGUGGAAUAUGAAUGUGAAGGGGUUUGUUUGGUUUUUUUUUUUUAAUUUAAUACACGUGUUUUAAUACAAGGUAAUAUUUUGGGGUAGUGGUGAGGGGCAGCAGGGUGGGAUGGGCCCGUGGGGAGGCAGCAAGGGGGUGAGAUGAGGCAAGGAGGAGGGAUGCGGGGAGAAUAGGGAGCAAGGGAAGGGCAUGGGGACAGGGGAAGGACGUGGACACAGAGGAGGGACGUAGCCGUGGGGGAAAAGAUACGGGGCCAAAGGCAGGACUUGGCCAUGGGGCAAGGACGUGGGGCGAGGACGUGGGGCGAGGAUGGGCAGAGUUGGUGGAUGCUGGCACUAGUGUCGCCCCAGGAAAAAAACCCUGGGAUCCAUAAAAGCUCCAAAAGGGAGAAAAGCUGAACCUGGAUGGGGUCCGUGGGCCAACCCUGCAGGCACCCACCCUGCACUGCCAGACCUCCCCACCCCACUCCCACCUACCUGGGUGCUGGGGGGGACACACACCUCAUCACCCUGACCCUGGACAGCCAUGGUGGUGGAACCCCCCACUUCUCACCAGCUGCCCCCCCCAGGGUUGGCCCCUGCUGCUUUUUUGACGACAUUGAGCCUUUUUUUUUUUUAAGAUGAACCAGUUGUAAAUUUUUCUGCUCUUGUAUACUUGCUUUUUUUAUUAAAAAGGAAAAGCUACC